GUAAGACCUCCUGGAUAGCAAGAUGCAACCAAGUCUUCAGAAGAUGGACAGACCCACACAAUGACAGGUUCUUCACUUUUCCUUGCAGUGAAAAUGAUGUCCUUUUUCAGAGAAAUUAUCAUGUUUUACCAGUUUUUAUUUCAAUAUCAGUAUCAGUAUUUUAAAGAACCUAUGAUGUCAUGAUGCACGCGGAGGGUCUAAAUCGAGGAGAAUAGCCCCGUUGUAUAUAAAUCCUCCACUACACUGGAAAUGAGGUAACUUUAUACUUUUUCCUCCUUUGUUUGCAGCCAUUUAGUUGGCAUGAAGUGGUUAUGAUGACUUAGUGACCAGUGGGUUCAAUCCCCAUACUGGCCAAUUGAAACAUAAAGGCUUUCAGAAAAUCAACACUUCAAAAUAGUAGAAGGCCUUAAAUUCAACCAUUAUGCAUAUUAUUUUGGAAAAACUGAGGUCAUAGGUUCACUCCCAAUACCGGCCAAUAGAAAUCUAAAGUCUUCAGAAAAUCAACACUUAAAAAUAAAAUAAGGCUGGAGAUUGAAAUCAACAAUUCAAAACAAAAAAGUCUGCAAAUUAAACUAUAAUGCAAUGUUGAUUUUGAAAAACAUGAGCAUAUGAGUACUUUUAUCAAAUCUUCGGAUGUGGAAAGAUCAUGUAAGUUUUUCUUAAAUCCACGAAAACUCAACAUUGUGUAUGACCGGUUAGCUCAGCUGGCCACAGCGUGGUGCUAAUAAUGCUGAAGUCAUGGGUUCAAUCCCCAUACUGGCCAAUUGAAAUCUAAAGUCUUUCAGACAAUCAAUACUUCAAAAUAAAAAAUUGCUGGAGAUUAAAAUCAACACUUAGAAAUAAAAAAUGGCUCUGAAAUAAAAUCAACACUUUAAAAUAAAAAAUUGCUGGAAAAUAAAAUCAAUCACUGGUGAAAGUAACUUUCUCAAAGUAUCUAUGCCAGUCACAGGUGAUGGUGAUUGGGUUUCUGAUUGCUCCUUGAAAAAGUAACUUAGAUUACAAAUAACUUGAUCUGGAAAGUAACUAAGUUACUUUUUUAGUUACUUUCAGCAGCUGCUAACAACAACGCUCCACCACCUGUGAAAAUUACAUUGAGCAAGUUAUUUUAUAAUGGUAACAUCAAUAAUAUAUCUCCACUUAUAAGAUUGAACUGAAGGGGAGAUUGUUUAAUGGUUAUAACAAUACAAAAAAAAGCUUUAGUAAUUUGUGCGUGUCUUUAUGUGUUCCACUGUUCUCCACAUCACAGUGACAUCACUGGCCACAAAACAUCAAUAUCUUGCAGAAGAAAAUGUAUCAAACCUCUUUUGGUAAAUGUUUUGUUUUUCCUUAAUACCUAAAAAAUUUCUUAUAGCAGAUAUUGAAGUUGUCUUUUCAUGAUAUACAACAUUUUCUGACUGUUUUAUUCAUCUGGACUGAGCAGCAUCUUUGGCUUGUAAAGGUUGCAGACCCCUGGACUGGACAGACCUGCCCACACUUAAACACAAUCACCACCAAAGGUUUGUCUGGUGACAUCAGUGGCUUAAACAUGGCGUUUUCUUUGACAUCUCCAGCAUUGUUGACAGCUAUCAUUCCUUCUCGGCAUAAAUCGACUUUUACCAGAGAACAGAAUUGAGUUUGCUGGUCCCUUGUCCAUGACAUCUGUGUGUGAUGGUGUGGUCAGGUACCCGCAAAGGUCGUCCUGUAAGUGUUACAUGCUGAUAUAAAUGGUUUCGACUUAUCUGACGUGUCUCUUAACUCCCUUAAAUCUGCUUGGAGUUGAGUGGCAUUCUUCAUCACUCAGUUCUCCAGGGCAUUAUUCACAAAGAAGCAGCCAUCAGUGUGGGAUGUGGCCAGAGGACGUCCACUUCUGUGUGUUUCUGGACUUUUCUGGCAUUUCUGUAUGUAACCUUAUGACACUCUGUGAAACCCUAAGCUCAGUAGCCACUUCUGUUUAAUUACAUCCUGCCUGAAACUCCACAAUGGCGAGGCACAGUUGAUCAUCUGCUAAGUGUCGUCUUGGUCUUGUGACGUCAAAGCGCGAUGAUGAGGAAAUGUAUUGGUUGAUUCCUGGUUAAAACGCCUGCUGUGAAUUUUGUCAUUAAGCUCCGUAUUACAGAAAAGGAAGUGGUGCAACAAGGACUGACUCAUUGAAUAGUGAUACAUGAGCACUUAAAGGUUUAGAGAAGGUUACAUUACGUUCACCUCUACAGGUUGUUGCACAUUUUGGCUUCAUCCUGUAAUUUCACCCUACCUUGUAUGAGUAAUGGAUAUCAUGCCUGUUUGUGCUUUAUUUUUUUUCUAUUUCUAACCUAAAUAAUAUUUGGUAAUGUCACAUAGUUUAUUUAUUCACUGUGAGAUUAAGUCAUACAUUUAUCCUGCAUUUCAAGUAGUUAGGUAAAUAUUUGUAAAUUCCUAAGCAGAUACCGAGGCAACUGGAUAAUGUUAGAUGCUUUUCUUUAAAACUAAAAGUGCUGAUUUUUAUAAGUAUUUUAUUCAUAGAGCGAGUCACCAGCGACUUGUUUUGUAAAGAUGAUAGAGUUCAUAUCUUGUGUUGUUAUUCCUGGAAUCUGCUGAAGUCUUUCUUCCAGUUUGAGGUCACUGUCUCAAGGUUUCAGAUUAACUGUGAAGCUACUUCCAAAUAUGACUUUUCACAAAUUUCUAGUUCUGAUUUGAAGCUCUGUGUUUUCUUUUCAAGAGUUCAAGUUCCUUCUUAAUGCUUCUGUGGUGUCAGUUGUAUCAUCUGUCAUUCUGCUGUCUUCUGUAUUUUUUUAAGCAAUAGAGGGUUUCACUAUAACUAACUUGUCUGUUUGGAUGUUGGCUUUCACAGUCACUUUAACUGUGGGAUUCACGCUCACACUUGGCAUGUUUCAACAUGUUUGUACAAUUGCAGACGGUUUCUGAUUGUUAUGUUCUGGUCUGUCUUUGCACAAGCUACUCUAUCUACAAAUCUGUUUGUAAAGUAGGGUAAAGAUAUCUAAAAUAUUUUUUAAAUAUGUUGUCUAUAGCAGUCACACAUAAACAAAAACUGAUUAAGGCAGGCCCUUAGAGAGGGUGCAAUGAGGAGAAGAUAAAAGCAGAACUCGUGCUGCAAUCUUUUCUGCACUUUGUGUCACCUUCAAGGUGUGCUGAGUGGAGCCCAGCGCUGGACAGUGAAUGUCACUCUAUAUCUGUCCAGUUUGUAUGACUUGUAACAUUUCAUUUCAACUGGAAUUCAAAAGUACCUUACUGAUGAAAAAGGGAAAUUAAAUUUGAUAAUUUUCGGCAUUAACGGAUACUUUAUACUCAACCAAAUCUAAUUAAUUCUCAAGGUAAUGUCUGAGGAGUUUUGGUCAGGUCACAGAACUGGUAAACACAGCUGGGUGUUGCACAGAAGGGGAAAAGCGUGCAGCACAACAAAGGUGAGUUACCUUCUGCUGGACAAUUAUCAAGUCAGCAUUUCUCCUUUUGUGUACAUCAUAUUUUUGUGUUACAUGUCAUUUUUAUUCAUCUGUAAUAUUCUAGUUUAUUGAGAAAGUAAACUUAUUUUGUUAAGCCGUAAAACAUAAUAAUCAAAAUUAGCAGAAAUGCUUGAAUUAGUUCAACAUUUUGUAAUGAAUUACUGAAAUAAAUUCAUCUAAAAAUACUUUUAAAUUAUUUAGACGCAUGUGUGGAGACAGUGGUUGGUAUUUCCGACCCGACUUUCAAAAAAUACCGGAGUUGUGUCAUUAUAUUCGUGUUGAUUCAUGUGGUAGAGUGAAGAGGCUUCAGUACCGCCUCCCAAGAUCAUCGCCCAUUCGGGAAAAGUCGCCUGUCAACAAUUCGGACGAAACCGAAACGACUCACCUGCCAGCCAGUCCAAGAAGGGAGGACCUGGGAAAGAAGACACUUUACCCCCAACCCCGAGGGAGCGCUGCCCUCAGCUUCUUACCGAAAAUUAAAAAUUGUUUGUUGUUGUCGGUCGGCGAGAACUUUUUUUUUUUAUUUACUUUUUGAACCGAGACUGAUACGUUUCAAAACGUAUUCCUUCUAAGUUGACACCGUUUAACAGGCGCUUCCGGGUCUUUUGGAAGACUAAAACCACGGAAUGAAAUCUGAAGAGAAUGGACUUGGAAGAAAUUAAGAUAAAUCCGGACCAAAAGGAAAUGGUAGAUGGUCAAGAUGGUGAAGCCGGUGAAGGAAAGGUUUUUCUUCCACAGAGCAAUAAUGGGGGGACAAGCAUUAAACCAAACCAUAAGAACAGGACAAGUCUACAGAAUUGUUUAUCCCACAAUGGAAAACGCAGCAAACUGAUUGCUGCCUUCAUUGUCAUUCUCCUUAUAACUGUUGUGAUUGUCAUCUCUGUGGUUGCGUGCUGUGCAAACAAUGACGAUGAAGACGAAAAAUUUGACCGAACAACGUUUAAUCUGCAACAGAAAUUUAAUGGGAGCUUCCAGAUGGAAACUCCAUUUUCAAAUGAAACCCAAGGUCUCAAUGAUGUCCAGAGAAAGCUGACCGAGCUCUAUGAAUCCUCCCAUGCUCUGGGUCGUUUCUUCUCAAACGCGGAGACAUUUCACCUUGGGAGUGAGUCUGCUGUCGUGCAAUACAAGCUGACAUUUAUCUUUCCAGAAGAAGAGCUUAGAAACUCCACUCUUAGCAGAGAGAUUGUGUACAAUGUGCUCAGGCAGUUCAUCUACGACCAGAAUGAAGAAGAAUCUGGGGCUAUGUUCAUUCUCCCAAGUUCCUUGAAAAUGCACUCAAUGCAUUAAUCAGAUCUUGCAAAAUGAGCUCCUGUAAAACCACUAAAACCAGUUUUCCAGGAUGGGAAUUUUUUUUUACGUAAUGGCCUAGAGACAGUUGACUUGUCAGCUGUUGUUCACCACACAAACAGAAACCCUGCCCAUGUGAAUGCUCUCUCAUGACCAGAUAGCAUAAACCACAUCGUUGUUUUACAUUUAUGAUUUUUAUGUACUGUAAUGUAGAUUUUGUUGUGUAUUGCCAUUGUUUUUAAGCUCCGAAGGUCUUUGUUAAAACCUCAGAUGUCAUAUAUUGAUGUAGCGGAAAUGAUGACCUGCUGUUAGAAGUGGGUACACACACGUUUAGUUUUCAAGCAGACAUAAUUUGCAAACUGUAACUGGACUUGCCUUGAAAUAUUUGCCUAAAGUGCAACAAACACUGAAAUAGGCAGGUACAGAGAGACAAAGAGUUAUUUUAUUUGCCAAGUGAUGAACUUAUUGACCUAAGUGUAAUUUAUAAUGUUCUUUUAAUUAUGUGUGCUUUGUGACAAAUAUUAAAUAUCUAAGUUGUU